CUCGCGAUGUUCGGUUCAGUACCGGUGAGGAAGCGGUUUCCUGUCUGAUGACCAGGCUAACAGCUAACAGCUAACUGCACUUUUACACAUUUAAACCUCUUUUUAAGCAUUUACCGAGGCGGACACGCGCGGACACCAGUGGGAAAGAUGACAGCCGCUCCCUACAACUACUCGUACAUCUUCAAAUACAUCAUCAUCGGGGACAUGGGAGUGGGAAAGUCCUGUCUGCUGCACCAGUUCACAGAGAAGAAAUUCAUGGCGGACUGCCCUCACACCAUUGGCGUGGAGUUUGGCACCAGGAUCAUGGAGGUGAACGGGCAGAAGGUGAAGCUGCAGAUCUGGGACACGGCCGGACAGGAGCGGUUCAGAGCCGUGACCAGAUCCUACUACAGAGGAGCCGCCGGAGCCCUCAUGGUGUACGACAUCACCAGGAGAAGUACAUACAACCACCUGAGCAGCUGGUUAACAGACGCACGCAACCUCACCAACCCAAACACAGUGAUAAUUCUGAUUGGAAACAAAGGCGACCUGGAGGCUCAGAGGGACGUGACGUACGAGGAGGCCAAACAGUUCGCUGACGAAAACGGUUUGCUGUUCCUCGAAGCCAGUGCUAAAACGGGGGAGAACGUUGAGGAGGCGUUCCUGGAGGCGGCGAAGAGGAUCUAUCAGAACAUCCAGGACGGGAGCUUGGACCUGAAUGCCGCCGAGUCCGGAGUCCAGCACAAACCGGCCAAUCAGACGAGACUCAACGGAGAAGCCACGCCCCCCAAGGAGAACUGCUCCUGCUAACGACCAAUCAGAGGAGAGGACACGCCCAGGAGCUCAACAGUGCCCGCCCACCUGGGGUUUAAAUCCCCGUUCAUUUUUCCCACAGACACAGAUGAAGAUUUGAACAGAACGACGGAGGUGAAUCGGCUACGGAAUAAUUAACUAUUGACGAUAAUCUAUAAGUAAAUUCUAUAGGUUGGGUUCACAUGACACUAGAAAAUAGUCUCUACUCACACUCACGCCACAAACCAGGAACACGUUUGGAAAUAUGCAAUGACAACUUCCGGCGCGCUCUGUUCGCUAUAGUAAGUCUGGCAUAAUCUAGGAAAAAUAAGAAAAUGGCCCAGUUUUCUUCAUCUACAUGUCAGUUGCCACUUUAAAUCCGAAUAAAAAUAAUUUAAUUCUGAAUGAAAAUGAAUUCCGCUUUAAAAAGAGCAUGUAAACACUUAAUUCCUAUUGAAAAUGAUUAUUCGGAAUUAAAGUUAAUUCCGAAGUAACUGGGUGGUUUAUUCCGGUGAAUAAAUGUAUUAAUUGUAUAUAUAUAUAUAUAUAUCGUAAUAUAUAAUCGUUUAUUCUUCUUUAAAAUAAUUCGGUCGUUAAGCGCAUGCUUGUUGGGUUGCCCUUCUGACGCGAUCCAGACGAUCCGGCUCCACCAGUCCUGGCUUUAAACUUUCAUCCAUGUCUCUUUGGAUUUGCGAGCUGGAUGCGGGAGUGGGCUGAGGUAGAGCAGCCUCAGACUCAGUUUGUCUUCUUCCUCCCUUCUACGACACUCUUCCCAUCUCCUCAGCUGACAGACAUAACAAAUCGAAACAAUAGCGGAAAAAGUUUGGAUCGUGUUUGUGUCUGUGGCAUAACGACAAACCGAGAUGACAGAACAGCCGGUAGCAGCUGAAGUCUGUGUUUUCUUCGGGUCGAUGUAAAUACGUUCAUGUCUCUGUCCAAUCAGAACCUUCCCCACCCCCAGACAUUGAGCGGAAUUAGAUAAUUAGACAAUUUAACAAGUUUUCCAUGUAAACUCGAAGGAGAAUAUUUUAAUUCUGUAAUUUUAAAUGUAGAACAAAUUAUUCGAAAUAAAAAAAAAACAUUAUGUGAACACGGCCAGUGUUUGCGUAAUUGACAUUUGCAACCAUGCCUCAGUUUUCAUCAUUUCUCCGAGCGCACUGGGGACAUGUGAUGAGAAGAAAUGAGGAGCCAAAUUCCAGAUAAUUCCAAACAGCACAUGGGUUUUAUCACAGCACAGUGCUGGGAACUACACCGUAAGUCAAACAUCUUCUUGGUUUGUGACGUAAGCGUGAACGGAGUCUAUCGUUUAACCCUUCGUGUGUUUAUAAAAAGUGGACAUAGCUAAGACACCACAUUCCGAACAGGGAGUGAGUUUGGGCACACUUCCGGCUCCAUUGACUCUGGGUACAGUUUAUUUUUUGUUGAAAAGCCACCGCCCUUUUCUCUGUAACUGCUGCUCUCACACUCUUUAAAAUUUUUGUACUAAUCCGCUCUACGUGAACCUGGUUUUUUCACAAUUUUGUCCCUAAAUUGAAACAUGAACGUUAAUAACAGACCGUCGGACGCCAGCUUUCCUCGAGGUCACUCAGCAACAGGUUCGAUCGACACUCUUGUUGUGGCGUGAACAUAAAGGGACAUGUGCCUUUAACGACCCCGCUCUUGAUUGGCUCUUUGAUUUGGCUCUUGCAUUUCCAAAUACGGCCCCCGUUUGCAGAUUUGCCGCUGUAACCGCCGGCCUCGAUGAGCUUCGUUUGGAAUCACUUUCCCUCAGUCCGCUUCUUUAAACGCUCUGCCCUCGCCCUCCGUCACAUCUGAAUCACAAACAAAACGAAAAUAACAGAUGUCAAAAUGAAUGUAGAACUUUGCGGUCGAUCGGGACGCGUAUCGAUGUUUGAUGUGAGUUGCGUCGAAGCCGAGCAGCCUCCGUCAGACUCUCAAACACACCUCUGUCUGUGGGGAAAAUGAAACGACACUUUGAGCUCCUGUUUUUACUGUCGAUCGGUUCAUCAGAUUUAAGAUGGAGGACGGGUCUGAGUUCUGAAUCUGCUCCUUCAGAUCCAAAUGCAGAUGUUUGACCUGGUUUGUGGUUCAUAUCUCUUUAAUUACUGCACCUACCCACCAGAAACCAAAACUCGGCAUCUUCUCUGUCAGUGAAAAUACACAAAAGUUAAAUGUUUUAUUCACAACAGCUUCAGCACCUUUAAACCGCCCAUAUUACGCCAUUUUCUGAUCUGUGUUCUAAUGUUUCCUCAUCACAAACAGACCCGGAAUUGUGUUUUGUUUCAUUCACACAUGUUUAAAACACAAACUCUGCAGAUUUAGUUCUUCUCUCAAACAGAAAAAAACUCUAUUCCACCUCGUGAAUAGAAUAGUCCUGGUUUAGUCCUGGUUUAGACCUGGUUCAGUCAUAGUUCAGUCAUUGAGUAGUCCUGGUUCAGUCUUGAUUUAGUCCUGGUCUAGUCCUGGAUUAGACCUGGUUUAGACCUGGUUUAGACCUCGUUCAUUUGUGGUUCAAUCUUGAUUUAGUCUUGAUCUAGUCCUGGUUCAGCAUUUUCAAAAGAAUCAUUUGGAUCAUUUCAAACCUGGAAUUGCCGUUCUCGACUGAACUAAAGCCAGGGCUGCUCGACUAUGGAAAAAAUCAUCAGCACAAUUAUUUUGGUCAAUAUUGAAAUCACGAUUAUUCAAAUGAUUAUUUUUUUUAGUUACAUGAUGCAUUUAUUCAGCAUUUCUCUGUCAACAAAAGCACUUUGUUAUUGAUAAUUUAUGCAAAACUUUCAAAUUGAAAAUAAAUAAAAUCUCCAAAUAUGCACCUUAGAACAGUUUUGCGAUGUAUAAAACAUAAAAUGAAUAAAACUUUGAACAUGAAAUAAAGCAUAGAAAAACAAAUGUAUCCAAAAUAAACUACCAUAUUUUGUGCACUAUAGGGCGCUCUGGAUUAUAAGGCGCAUUGAAUGGUCUAUUUUUAAACUUUUUUCACAAAUAAACCGCACCGGACUGUGAAGGCGCAUUAAACGAAACACAACAGUUAGAUAAAUCAGUCAAACUUUAUUUAAUGCGUUCACAGUAACGCUCAACUUUUUCAGUUGAAAAAGUACUAAAAGUACAAAAAAUACUGUCUGAGACGCUAAAUUGUUAUCGUAUUCACAAUAACUCAUAACUGUUGAAACAGUUUGGCGAUUACAGCGUCCACAUCCCUCUGGUCAUUAUCUCUCGUCAGUGUGGUUACUGUUCCCUGGCAGUUCAGUGAUGAUUCUGGUCUUGGUGAAAGCUCGGACCACAGUUGAUCCUGAUCCUGAGCCCGGGCGUCCAAGAUCCGUUGGCAGAUCGUGGCGUAAGUGGCUCGGCGCUGUCUCUCUGUCUUGGUGAAUGUGUGUUCUCCUUCUCUCAUCCACUGCUCCCACGCAGCUAAACGCACUUUCACUUUAGAACAGUCUUGAGUUUAAAGUGGGCGUUGUGAGCGUGUCUCUUGACAGGUGCAUUUUGAUAUUAAAAGGAAUAACAGUAUGUAUUACUCCUGAUGCUCCUCCUGACUCCUGACUACGGGAGUCGUAAUGCUGCAAGUGGUGCGGCUUUGUAGUUUACUAAAGUCGUACUAAGACACCCCAAUAAAUUCAUAUAUAAGGCGCUCUGGAUUAUAAGGCACGCACUAGUUUUUUUUGGAUGAAAUUAUAGUGCAGAAAAUACGGUAUAUAUCCAGCUGUUCUACAAUCUCUAUAUUUAAAAAAUAAUAAUUAAACUUAUACUUAUUUAUAUACUUAUUUAUGUAAAAAAUAUUCCAAAAUAAACUUUAACGUUAAGCUUUUCAACUCGAUUAUAUGAGUUUGGAGAUCAUUUAACACAAAUAGAAAUUGCGAUCAAAAUUCAAUUGCACAGUCUGUUCAUGACAUCACAAGGUGGAACAGAGCAUUUUGAUGUUUGGAGAUGAACACAGAUGAAUAAUAAAGAGUUACUCAAACUUGUGUGAAUGAAACGAAACACAACUCCAGGCCAUGACUUAAAUCUUACGAGUCAAAUUCUGAGUCAAAUUUUGCGUAAUAUGGGAACUUUUAAACCAGAAACGAUGAGUACAGAAAACGUCUGCACACGAUUCCUACUAAACUAGAACAUUCCGUAAUUGUGGACCAUAAAUUUGGAGAUUUCUUUCGAAAACUGUGAAUCAUAAAGUUAUAUAAACCCCGGCCUCCAUCUGAAAUUGUGACACCAGAUUCUGAAAACUGAUCAUGACCCGUUGACGAAGACUUCUCAGUAAUGUCUCCACUUCCCUGGUUUUCAUGCAAAACUUUACCUAAUUUGACGGUUAUUGAUUUCAAUGUAAAAUGUGUUAUAUAAUAAUAAUAAUAAUAAUAAUGAUAAUAAUGAUAAUGAUAAUAAUGAUAAAUAAUGAUAAAUAAUGAUGAUUGAACCUGCUGAGGACACACCCACAUCUCACUCUCUCUGCAGCGAACGCAACACUUUCAAACCAAAAGUGAAUUUUUAUUUAACCUACAAAUACCCUGUUUUAGAAUGGGACUCUGCGACGAUCUUUGCCUUACAGCGCCCCCUACAGUUCAGUUUUUCUACUAAACACUGUACCGGAUUUUUAUAGCCUUAAAAACGUAAAAAAACCCAAAUCUAAUUCAUUUGAAACGGUUCGUAGUGGUUCACAGUUAUUUCUUACUUACUUGAUGCAUUAAGAACGUCGUAAAUAUUCACCGCGAUGAGUGUAAAAGUGAGUAUUCCUAGUAGUAGUAGUAGUAGUAGUAGUAGUUACGUGUACUUUAAAAUUCAGAUUACGUUAUUUCAGUAUUUCAUUGCUCAUAUUUAACUCCUACCGAUUUGACGAUGGCUAAGACUUGUUUUAGCUUGAUACAAACUGCUCCAGAAUGCGUCAAAAACGAAAGUGAAACUAACUCCACUCGCGGUGAUCGGAAAUACGUCACGUGAAAUAAAACACCGCCCCUUUAAUCGUUACCUGGGCGAAAAGAACGUUGCAGAGUCCCGAAUGAAACUCACAAAAAUACAAAUUGUUUAAAUGUUGUGACCAAAAAAAACACACACACAAAAAAAAAUCUCCAAAUUCUGUUUUAAAAUGAUUCUUGUGUUUGUUUACAUUUAUUCUCUGUUUUUGUCCUUUUUAAACGAGGACCAAAAUGAUUUGAAACGGUAGCUUUUUAUUCCGACCAUUGCCUUAAACUUUCUUUGUAAAUAACAUGCAGGACGUUUGGGGUCGUCUCGAGAGUCCUGGUUUAGUCCAGGUUUAGGCCGAGGUUCAGUUCUGGUUUAUUUAGUUCUGAUUUAAAUCCUGGUUCAAGCCGGCCUGGACCAGUCCUGGUUUAGUUCUAGUUCAAAGUCUGCACGAGAACUAAACCCAGACUGAGCCAGGGUCUAAAUCUGAACUAAACCAGGACUGAACCACAGUCUAAAUCAGAACUAACUAAGAUUAACCAGGUCUAAACUAGGUCUGUAGUUCUGGUUUUAGACCCUGGUUCGGUCCUGAUUUAGUCCUAGUUCAGAGUCUGCACUAGAGAUAAACCCGGACUGAACUAGGGUCUAAAUCAGAAUUAAACCUGGACUGAACUGGGGUCUAAAUCAGAACUAAACCAAGAUUAACCAGGACUAAAUUAGGUCUGUAGUUCAGGUUUAAACCCUGGUUCAGUCCUGGUGUAGAUCUGGUUUAGACCUGGUUCAGACCUGGCUCAGACUCGGUUUAGUCCUGGUUUAGACCUCGUUCAGUCUUGAUUUAGUCCUGACCUAGUCCUGGUUCAGUUCUGGAUCAGUACUGGUUCAGACCUGGCUUAGUGGUGGUUUAGAUCUGGUUUAGACCUGGUUCACUUGUAGUUCAAUCUUGAUUUAGUCUUGAUCUAGUCCUGGGUUAGACCUGGUUCAGUCCUGGAUUUGUACUGGGUUAGACCUGGUUUAGACUUGGUUCAGACCUGGCUUAGUCCCGGUUUAGACCUGGAUUAGACCUGGUUCAGUUGUGGUUCAGUCUUGAUUUAGUCAUGAUCUAGUCCUGGGUUAGAGCUGGUCCAGUCCUGGUCCAGUCCUGGUCCUGGCUCUGUUCUGACCCCCCGACGUCCUGAGUUUCGUUCAGUCCGUGUUGUUUUUCUUGUACAUUUGAGUCGUAUUAAUCUCACACUAAAUCGAAGGAGCGUCUGAAAUAAUCCGCCUUUUGUCGUGAGCUUCUGAGUGUCGCUAUUUAUAUUUUAAUCUUUGUGUGGGAUGCACAGAACUGUAAAUAAAGUACAAACUGUAAACUUCAA